UUUACCAUUAGCUACAUCUGCUAACCUAAGCAACUAAUUCACCUGCCGUAAGAUAAGAAAAAAAUGAAGGGAAUUUUUGUGCUAUUCUUACUUGUAACUCUUAUCCAGCUUAUUUACUCGGCACCCCCAGGCCAAAAAGUAGCAAAUGGAGUGAGUGUCAGUCCCAAAGAUUUCCCUUAUUUUGCCUAUUUAUUAACCGCGUUUAAAAGUUUUAACGGUCAAUGUGGAGCAUCUCUUAUAUCACAUAACCAUGUUUUAACAGCUGCACAUUGUAUUAUGAUACGCGGCACGUGUGAACGAGUUUCAAGAAUGGUUGUCUAUUUAGGUAGUGACAUAGAAAGCAAGAUAAAUCACUUUGAAAUUAGAGACUAUAUUAUUCACGAAGAUUAUGUUAAGGGAUGUAAAGGUUCUAUUAAAGCUGAUAUCGCUAUACUAACUCUAGCAGAAAGUGUACCAUUCUCAAGAAGUAUAAUGAAAAUUUUGCUGCCUCCAGCAUCUGUCAAACGUGAGCAAAUAGAAGGGCUCACAGCUGUAGUUAGCGGUUUCGGCCAGGACAAAAACGGCUCUCUUACGAAACGUCUUCAAGCCGUAAAUGUAACAAUUGGAACAAAAUCAUUUUGUGAGAAAAAAAAAGUGUAUGGCGGUUUUAUUUGCUCAGAAAUUCACAAUGGCCGAAUGGACCGUAAGGGUGAUAGUGGUGGACCCUUAGUAAUAAACAAUACAUUAUAUGGUAUUGUGUCUGGUGGGCCAACUGAGUUAACUGCGGAAUAUAGUAAAUACACAAGUAUUAUUUUUUAUAGGUCUUGGAUAUUGAAAAAUGUUGAUAUAAUUGAAUAAAAAUUAUUUUAGCUAUUGAA